AUGCGCCUGCUCGCCCUCCUCAUCGCCGCGCUGGCGCUCGCGCUCACGACCACCCGCGCCUACUACGCCGACUUUACGUCGGCGAACGCGACGGCGUUCCCGAUCAAGGAGGACCACCUCAACUGCCGGAUCGGCCCGGCGACGACCUUCCCGGCCCUCAAGCAGUACCGCCUGACCGACACGGUGCGCGUCGUGUGCCAGCGGCGCGGCAUGGUCAUUGCGCAAAACUACGUGUGGAACCUCACCCCGGACGGGUGCUACGUCGCCGACUACUACAUUGCCACGGGCAUAUUCGGCAUCUGGGCGCCCGAGUGCAACGCGACGAGUGCUGGCCCGCCCCCCGGCAGCCCGGCCGGCGUGGCCACCUCGCCGACGGUGACGUUGCUGUCGUCGCCGACGCCGAGCGCACAGUAG